CACUCAAACUCCAUGUCACCACUUUGUCUUUCCUCUUUCCAAUAAAACGUCCGAAACCUCGUCUAUUCACCAAAAAAGCAUUUACAAACUACAUAAUGUCCUCAUUCUUCCGUCCCCUUGCACCUAUCGCCCGACCUCUACUCCGAAGGGCCUACGCCGCUGCCGCCAAGCCCUCUGGCGGUAAUCCUCAUCUGCACCAGCCCGCCGACUCUCGCUCAGAAGUCCUCCGAAACACACUUUACCCUCACGACUCUUACGCUCCCACUUCUUCUUCACCUACAGGCUCAUACCACCCCGACUACCUCGAGCGACUUCAGGCAGUCAUUCCUUCCGCUGAAGCGUACGAAACUAUUGAACGAGCAUGGCAGCUUUACCAGCGUGAACUUCGUGAGGCUCGAAAGAUUGCGUUGGACGCCAAGUACAAGAGCAUGGUGGAAGCGUGUGAUGAGCUUGAGAGGAUAACCAAUCAUGAAAAUGGAGGUCCGGAGAGUGCAGAUGGCAAGGGGGGAUUAUACCACCGACAAGUGUACAACCUGGCAGUUGCGUCAGUCAGACAGGCGCACAGGAGAGGAGAACAGCCAAAGGGAAAGAAGACUUUGGAGCAGAGAUGGUUGGAGACUAGAGUGGAAGGUUUGGUACCAAGGGAAGCGUGGGUUCCCGUGGAGAGCAGAGGAAAGGGGUGGAACUACGACUGGCAAAGGCCCGGCGCGUAAGCUUGUGCAGGUGUAGCUUGAUAUACAAUGCAUUUAUUAGCAUAUAUGCUUUUAAGGUUUGAAAGGAAGACAAUUUCUGCAUGGCAAGUCCU